AUGAUUCUUGCUGCAGGUGUUGAAGGUGCCGAGCUAGGCAUCAGACGGUUGCCUCUAGGUCGUUUCCCCAGCACUACAGAAUUCCAGACGACGACCACCACAGUCCAGUCAUGGAUAAGGGAGUGCCUGGAUACACACGAUGGAUGUCAGUCACAGAUCAAUGAUCAGUCUGCCUCGUUCAUCUGCCCAAAGAGAUUACUAGACCUGAGUAAUGGAGCCCUGGUUCUGCGAGAGAAUCUCGGGCAGAAACUACGCUACGCGUGCCUGAGUCACUGCUGGGGCAAGAUCAACAUUGUUAAAACGACAACACUCACACUUGGCACGUUCAAAACAGAAGUGCCUUUGGAUCAACUGUCGAAAACGUUCCGCGAUGCUGUUGGCAUAUGCCGAAGUCUCGGAAUUCUCUAUCUUUGGAUCGACUCGCUUUGUAUAAUUCAGGACAGUCCAGAAGACUGGAGAGAACAAGCAGCUCAAAUGGCAGAUGUUUAUCAGCACUCGUUCCUUACUGUUGCAGCUACAAAGUCCCAUGAUGGGUCCCAGGGUUGCUUUUCGGAGACUAGCCCUCGAUACGUGGCCAAGCUAGUUCCUGGCUAUAAAGAUAUCUACGUCCGCGAGCGGCCUCCAAUAUUUCCAGAUCACUGGACGCAGUUGGAAAAUAAUCACAGCUAUCCGCUACUCAACCGUGCAUGGAUCUACCAAGAGAUGAGGCUCUCACCGCGCGUCUUGCACUUCUGCAACGAGGAGGUUAUCUGGGUUUGCCAAGCCUCACAACGAAGCGAAAGCGGUUGCAACGACCUCGAUUAUAAUGACGGCGAUAGCUUUAAGCCCACGCUAUUUGGCUGUGUCAACAACAAUAUUCGUGAUAAGGACCAGCUUACAUGGCACCGGACAGUUCUAGAGUAUUCCAGACUGAAUCUCACCUAUGAAUCAGAUAAGACGAUUGCACUAGCUGGAGUUGCUCAACGUAUGCAACGCACACGGCUGGAUGAUAGAUAUCUAGCUGGGAUAUGGGAAAAGCAUCUCCCGCUCGAUCUCCUAUGGAUGGUCUGGCCCACGCCGACGAUCGGAAAACCGAGACUUGCCAGGUACCCUUCGUGGUCAUGGGCUUCUGUCUCAUCACAGGUAAUGUGGGACGGGAUUUGGAGUCCACUCCAGUCUGUGGUUGUUCAGGAAGUCCGAUAUAUGCCUAACGGCCCGAGCCAGAUGGGAGACUGCUCAACGUCUUCAAUUACCUUACAAGCUCCCCUGAUAGAUGUCAAGUCCUUACUGUCAACCGAGGUCACACCUAUGAGGGUAUGGAAUGGCAACAUUAGCUACACAGUCACACCAUUGGAAGAUAUCCACCGCGAAGAGCUUUGUGUUAACAACUACAAGCCCGAUAGCCCUUCAGAUGGACCAGCACCUACAAGAUGGCCCCCUCUCUGUGGCGGGUUCGUCAUCCCACUGGGUGUCAAUCUCGAAAACAACUUUGCUUUCUGUGGCAUCCAUGUUAUCAAAAAGCCGGGACAUGACGGCUAUGAGCGAGCUGGCCAUGUUGGGAUUAGUCAUGAUGCUUUGUUAACAAGCAAUUACGCCAAAUUCUUGCACCGCCUAAAGAAAGACCAUACUUUGCCAAUACCAAGCACGGAGGUUCUGGAGAGCACCUCCAGAGGUUACGUUUAUCGUCUGAAAGAGCUGCUAGAAGGAUUGCAAUUAUCAGAAAUCGUCUUAGUAUAG